UGAAGAAACAAGGAGAAGAAAGCAGAGCAGAUUUUGGUUUAAUCCUCCGUCUGGUUGAUGGGUAUGUCAGUGGCACGCGCGUUCACCAUCCUCGCGGCUCGCGCGCGGUGAACACCACAGACUUUGAAACGAUGUGCAGACGACAACGACCAAAGUCUUACCUGGUGCUCCUUGAACACAGUUUUACAUCGAGGAUUUUUAUCGAGAAAUCCUUACAAUAGUGCGCAAUGGGAAAUGAAUGGAGACUGAUGAGUGGCACGCGCCUCAAUUCAGUGUUAUGACAGGAAGUUUCUUGUUUUUUACCUGUUGUGAUUACGGCGCCAUGGAGAAGCGCAAACGACUGUUAUUUUUCCUUUUAUACUUGAUGUCAAAGUUUUACCGUAGUGACCAGCAAGUCAUAAGAAUUGGAGGUAUUUUUGAGACGCGGGAGAACGAACCUGUGAGUAUGGAUGAAGUCGCCUUUAAAUUUGCUGUUACUAACAUUAACCGAAACCGAACCUUGAUGCCAAACACCACGCUGACCUACGACAUCCAGAGAGUAAAUCUCUUUGACAGUUUUGAGGCUUCACGAAGAGUAUGUGACCAGUUGGCUCUAGGGGUUGCGGCGGUCUUCGGCCCCGCUCACAGCUCCUCCGUCAGUGCCGUCCAAUCCAUUUGCAAUGCCCUAGAGGUGCCACACAUCCAGACCCGCUGGAAACACCCUUCUGUGGACAAUAAAGACAAUUUUUACAUUAACCUCUACCCUGAGUACACCUCCAUAAGCAGGGCUAUUCUGGACAUUGUCACUUUCUUCAAAUGGAAGUCUGUUACUGUCGUGUAUGAGGACAGCACAGGAUUAAUGCGCAUGCAGGAGCUGAUCAAAGCGCCGGCGAAAAACAGCCUCAAGAUCCGGAUUCGCCAGCUGCCUUCGGGAGGAGGCGACUCUCGCCCCUUACUGAAAGAGAUGAAGAAGGAAAAGGAGUUUUACAUCAUCUUCGACUGCUCAUACCAAGUAGCCGCCGAACUUCUCAAACAGCUGAUGUCGAUGGGUAUGAUGACUGAAUACUAUCAUUUCUUCUUUACUACUUUGGAUUUGUUUGCGCUGGAUCUCGAGCCGUACCGUUACAGUGGGGUCAACAUGACGGCAUUCCGCCUCCUGAAUCUGGACAAUCCGUUUGUGGCAUCCGUGAUCCAGAAGUGGUCCAUGGAGCGUCAGCUGACCCCGCCCAAACCCGAGAGCGGAUUGAUGAGCGGCAUUAUGACUACAGAAGCCGCUCUCAUGUAUGACGCAGUGUUCAUGGUCGCUGUGGCGUCUCAGCGGGCAACGCAGAUGACCGUGAGCUCCCUGCAGUGCCACAGACACAAGCCCUGGAGGUACGGCCCGCGCUUCAUGAACCUGUUUAAAGAGGCACAAUGGGAUGGUUUGACAGGACGAAUAGUCCUUAACAAGACUGAUGGUUUGCGCAGAGAGUUCAACUUAGAUCUGAUCAGCCUCAAGGAGGACGGAGCGGCAAAGAUUGGCGUGUGGAAUUCUUACACAGGCCUCAAUCUGACCGAGAGGAAAGACAACAAAAAUAUAACGGACUCGCUGGCUAACAGGACACUUGUUGUUACAACAAUCUUGGAAAACCCAUAUGUUAUGUAUAAAAAGUCCGACAAGGUGCUAUAUGGGAAUGAUCGGUUCGAGGGCUACUGUCUAGACCUGCUGAAAGAGCUCUCGAACAUCCUGGGAUUCACGUAUGAAGUCAAGCUGGUCUCUGAUGGGAAAUAUGGAGCUCAGAAUGAUAAAGGAGAAUGGAAUGGCAUGGUUCGGGAAUUAAUCGACCACAUAGCUGACCUUGCAGUGGCUCCGCUGACCAUCACUUACGUCAGAGAGAAAGUCAUUGACUUCUCCAAACCCUUCAUGACCCUGGGUAUCAGCAUACUUUACCGCAAACCAAAUGGCACCAACCCAGGGGUCUUUUCGUUCCUUAACCCUCUCACCCCUGACAUCUGGAUGUAUGUGCUGCUGGCGUGUCUGGGAGUGAGCUGUGUACUCUUUGUAAUAGCCAGGUUUACUCCGUAUGAAUGGUAUAAUCCCCACCCCUGCAACGCUUCCUCUGAAGUUAUCGAGAACAACUUCACACUGCUCAAUAGUUUAUGGUUUGGAGUAGCGGCUCUAAUGCGUCAAGGAUCUGAAUUGAUGCCCAAAGCACUCUCCACCAGAAUCGUGGGAGGGAUUUGGUGGUUCUUCACUUUAAUCAUCAUAUCUUCCUACACGGCCAACCUGGCUGCUUUCCUCACAGUGGAGAGAAUGGACUCCCCCAUCGACUCUGCAGACGAUUUGGCCAAGCAGACCAGAAUCGAAUACGGAGCAGUAAGAGAUGGAUCCACAAUGACUUUCUUUAAGAAAUCCAAAAUCUCAACGUACGAAAAGAUGUGGGCAUUCAUGAGCAGCAGGAAGAACACAGCGCUGGUGAAGAAUAACAAAGAAGGGAUCACAAGAGUCCUGACCACUGAUUAUGCCCUCCUCAUGGAGUCCACAAGUAUAGAGUACAUCACCCAGAGGAACUGUAACCUUACCCAAGUCGGAGGACUGAUCGACUCUAAGGGCUACGGAGUUGGGACCCCCAUAGGCUCGCCCUACCGAGACAAGGUGACCAUCGCCAUCCUACAGCUACAGGAGGAGGGAAAGUUGCACAUGAUGAAGGAGAAAUGGUGGAGAGGUAAUGGAUGCCCUGAGGAGGACAACAAAGAGGCUAGUGCCCUGGGUGUGGAGAACAUCGGAGGCAUCUUCAUCGUCCUGGCCGCUGGUCUUGUGCUGUCUGUGUUCGUGGCCAUUGGAGAGUUUGUCUACAAGUCACGCAAAAACAGCGACAUUGAAGAGUGUGUCUCUUUCAGUGCUGUGAUGGAAGACCUGGGCAAAUCCCUCAGGUGCCAAAAGGCAUUGAGGAAGAGAGGCAGACACCGAGAAAAAGCAGGCCUGUCUGGAGUCUUAUGUAACUCUAAACGCAUCCUGAGGAGAGAGACAGUGACUUAGAUCUGCCUCUAACAGACACACGGGAGGCAGCUCUGCUUUGGCAUAACUGUCAUUGAAAUGAAUUUUACAAGGACAUUUUCCAUUGGAUUUUGUGUUUUGCGUUUUACUGAACAGCGCUUUGUCUUGUUUUCUUGAAAAAUAUUUUAAUAUUGAGUUUGGUUUAACUGAGGAGACAAAUAUCAUGAGAUUACUAUUUAGUUUUUUUGAGAAUUUGCAACCUGACCUCACAAGAAAUUCGUAUCAAUUCAUUCUAAGUUAAUCGUGCAAAAUUGUACGAUUGUCAUAUAAAAAAAACGAAACCCAACCCCUAACCCCAACGUCACAAGGGUCAAGGCAAAGUGUACAAAAACGUAUGUAUGUGGUCGUAUGAAUAAAUACGAAUUAGCCAACUCGUAAAAUAUAGCUAGUUAUAUACUGUAGAUACACUGUAAAAAAUACUUUGCUGCCUUAAAUUUUUUUGUUGAAUCAACUCGGAUUUACAAGUCAUUUCAACUUACUGUUAUUUAUCUUGACUAUUGAUGAGUUGUUAUAACUACAGGUGAGUUGUUAUAACUUAUAAAAUUAAGUUGACUUUUCGCAACUAUAUUUUAUAAGUUGUGACAACUCAUCUCUGUUGACAUGACUUGUAAAUCUGAGUUGAUUUAACAAAAAAAUUUAAGGCAGCAAAGUAUUUUUUUACAGUGUAGCGUUGCAAUUUGUACUAAAUAGAUUUUUUGUAAAAUGCAGCUACACAGUUUUUCUUUUCAAGUAAAUGCAUCUUGUUUACAGUAACAUUUUUUAGAUAUUUUAUUUUCAGGAAACAAAGACAAAGCAAUUGAUAAAGAAAAUGCUGUGUGAUUGGGUUUUUUUGUUUUAUGUCAAAUGUACACAAGUCAAUAUCUUGUAUUAUUUAUAAAAAAAGUUUGUUUUGCAAAAUGAAAGAAUUUAUUUUGAGAUAUAUUUAUUACGUUAUAAGAGCACAUUACGUUGUACUGUAUAUGGUAGCA